ACCCCGCCGACAAGUUUAAGCCAGCAGCUCAGCGACACGCAUCUUCUUUCCACCCCCUUUUACUACGCCGGAGCGACUGCGACGAGGCGAUGGCCACGGAGUCGCCGUUCCGGCCGGACGUGGUCAGGGGCAAGGCGGCGCUGGUCACCGGCGGAGGCUCCGGCAUCUGCUUCGAGAUCGCCGCCCAGCUCGCCCGCCACGGCGCCAGCGUCGCCAUCAUGGGCCGCCGCCGCGAGGUCCUCGACAAGGCUGUCGCCGCCCUCCGCUCCGAGGGCCUGCGGGCUGUUGGAUUCCAGGGAGAUGUCCGCAAGCAGGAGGAUGCAGCGAGGGUGCUCGCCUCGACCGUUGAGCAUUUCGGCAGGCUUGACAUUCUUGUCAAUGGUGCAGCCGGCAACUUCCUUGCCUCCCCGGAGGAUUUGACUCCCAAGGGAUUCCGAACAGUUCUUGACAUUGACACUGUGGGUACAUACACAAUGAGCUAUGAAGCCCUCAAGUAUCUGAAAAAAGGUGGUCCAGGAAGAGGUCCCUCCACUGGUGGCCUCAUCAUUAAUAUAAGUGCGACAUUGCAAUACACCGCGUCUUGGUACCAAAUUCAUCUAUCCGCUGCUAAGGCAGGCGUUGAUAGUAUCACAAGAUCUCUGGCUCUAGAAUGGGGAACAGAUUAUGACAUCAGGGUCAAUGGAAUCGCUCCGGGACCAAUCGGAGGCACUCCAGGACUAACUAAGCUUGCACCUGAGGAAAUGGUCAAGGGAUUAAGGGAAACAAUGCCUUUAUUUAAGUUGGGGGAGAAACGUGACAUAGCAAUGGCUGCGCUCUAUCUUGCUUCUGAUGCAGGCAAAUAUGUAAAUGGGGCUACACUGGUGGUUGAUGGAGGUCUCUGGUUAAGCCAGCCUCGCCACAUUCCCAAGGAGGAAGUGAAGGGUCUCUCAAAUGUGAUCGAGCAGAAGGUUAGGGCCUCUGGUAUUGGUGUACCAUCCAGCAAACUGUGAUGACAUCCCUGGUUUAUGUGACAGACGGCCUUAUGUAUGUCAUGUAGCAUCCCUUCAGUAUUGUUGACAGCAGCUCAGCGCCAGCUUUAUUGUCUAAAUGAACCUUGUAACCCGCUGAAAUAGUUUGUUCCAACGAGCAAGCUCAAUAUAUACUUCUGCUAUUUUCAGCUUUGGCUGGGACUUGAAA